AUGCGUCACAAUACUUAUAAGAGAAUGUACCAACAUUGGUUGUGUUCCACAGAUGCAGCUUCGAGGCUGGAUCCGUGUACUGGUAUGGAAUUGGUUGAGAAAGUGGACACUGCUACCUGGGGAGCACGUGCCACGGAGUUCAGCCAAUUCAUUUCGGAUGAAAACGGAAUCGGUUAUAUUAAGUAUGGCGACAUGGGUCACAAAACUUAUAAAAGUAUGUACCAAAUCAAGUUGUGUUUCACAGAUGCAGCUUCGAGGCUGGAUCCGUGUACUGGUAUCAAAUCGGUUGAGAAAGUCGACACUGCUACCUGGUUAGCAUGUGCCACGAAAUUGAGAAAAUUGAGUCGGAUGAAAAUGGAAUCGGAUAUGAAGAAAUUUGAGCUCGAUGAGUCACAAUACUUAUCAAAUUAUGUACCAAAUUCGGUUGUGUUCUACAGAUGUAGCUUCGAGGCUGGAUUCGUGUAG